CAGUAAUGAAUUGUCUGUAACUGUGAGUUUAUGAGAAUACUGUUAACAGAAUGAGUGCAGGACCACAGAUGGGCUUUGAGCAUUGCACUCUUCAUCACUUCAAGACUUAUCUCAAUUACUGUAUUCCCAUUUACCAAUUUAAGUGUUGUAAUCCCCAGAUUAUCCUUACAACCCUGUAGUUGUAGUAGAGCUUGGGAAAUAGGAAGCUGCAUGCAUGCAACCUUGAGUAACUACAGUGAGGAAAUAGAUGUAUGUAUACAGUGAAGUUGGGGUGUGUGGCAGUUCCUAGCCAUGACAGUAAAGGAGCAGUUGCAGUAAUGCACAUGGCUUUUUGUGAGGAUUACCCCAGCUUUAUCCCUAGGAAUAACAGACGUUUGCUGAUUGGUUCUGCAGAAAGCAUGCCACUUGGCCAGCUCAACAGGUUGCCUGCUUGGAAUUGCACCUGUCUAGCGCUGGGUUUUCAGGAGACAGAAAUCUAGUCUUCAUCGUGGCAGUGCCUCAAAACUCCAGAGCGGGGCCUCCUUUAUGAAAUGAUGGUGAGGAAACUGCAUUGUGACCUGAUGUAAACUCAGGGGGGGACAUAGGCUGCAGGAAGUCGUUAUGGUUUUUUGCAAAGGACCGCGGCUGUUGGACUUUGCAAAGACUCCUUCACACCUUCAGUUCAACAAAUAUGUGCUUACUGGUUACCGGCCAGUGUCCACUGCUCAGGAAUGCCUAAAAAGCCUCUUCUAUAUGCACAAUGAGCUGGGGAACAUUUACACCCAUGGGAUCCCGUUCUUGCUCUUUCUGGUGCUGCUGCCUCACAGUAUCCCGUGGUCAGAUGUGGAGAGCAUCUGGCUCUGCGUGGCUCACUACCUGGCCUGCCUCUCCCCGACCGUGGGCUCAGUCCUGUACCACAUCUUCAUGAACCAUGUGGGAGGAGAGCAUGUGUAUGACACCCUGCUCUCCCUGGACAUGUUCGGGGUCUGCCUAGUGAACACCCUGGGAGCACUACCCAUCAUCCACAUCACCCUCCUGUGUUACCCGACCGUGCAGCGGGUAGCCUUACUGGCUUACAUCCUGGUGUCGGCCUACGGCAUCUACUGCGCCACCACGGCCCGCACCAACGUCCUGCGCCUGCGAGCUUUCAUCUGGCAGGCCCUGUUUCGCUUCAGCCUCUUCCUGUUCCGGGUGUACGGCAGCGGGGUGGGCAGCCCACACUCGCUGCGGCUCUUCUUCAUCAUGGACUCGCUGGCGGUAUUGGGGGGGCUGGUCAACAUCAUCCAGAUCCCCGAGCGAUUCAGCCCGGGCCUGUUUGACAACUGGGGGAACAGCCACCAGAUAAUGCAUGUGAUGGUCAUUUGCUCCAUCAUCUACCUGCACUGGGGCACACUGGAAGAUUUAGCCUGGAUUAAAACCUACCAGUGUCCUAGCGACUGAUGCCAUGUCCAUCUUUAUCUCUCUCUCACACACACACACACACACACACAACUUUCUAGGCCACGCUGUUCCCAUAUAGAAUUAAUAUUUAGGCUUUAAUAAGGUGAGGCUGAGGAGUAAUUAAGGUGGAAAGAGAAGCGUGCUGUGUUGAAAUGCACUUUAGUCCUAGCUGCUGACACUGAGAUUGUAUACAUUAUAAUAUACAUUUCACGAGAGAUCCAUUUAUAACUUGAAGCUUAAAACUGGAGUUACAGUGUCAUAACUGUGGAACUCGAAUAUCACUGUACGAAUUACCAAAUCCUGAGGAAACUUGAUUCUUAGUCUGUCAAAUGCAGUAGCUGCAAAUGCCUAUUACCAAAAUAGUUAUUUUCAUGGAAAAUUAUAUUAUGCAAUAAAAUGUAUAUUUUUAUA